CCUCAGCAGUGAGGGCAGAUAAGAUUCAAAGAAGAAGAAGUCAGAGACAGAGUUCAUUGUCUGAGAUACUGAUCCUUGACUGCAUGAUUUGUUUUUCUUUUCUUUUAAUUUUCUUGAAGUGAAGGGAAGAGAACACAAGACAUUUGGAUCAUUUGACUGAAAAGAGUUCCCAUCUUUAUGUUUUGAUUGUCUGAACUCUCCGUACACUGAUCUGGACAGCAGUUCACCGUUGACCAUGACCUGCAGGUGGAAUCUCCUGAUGUUGGCUCUGUGCCUCUCUGUCAUCGCGGUUCUGUCAAAACAAUCCUGUCCCAACGGAUUUAAUCAAUUGCCACAAGGAUGCAUUGAUAUUGACGAAUGUGCUGUCGAUGAGGAUUAUCCGGAAGAUAUCGGACCAUGCGGAGAGGACGCUGAUUGCAUCAACACGAAUGGCACCUUUUACUGUGUGUGUAAAGAUGGGUUCAGAUCAUCAUCACUCACAGUGAAUUUUUCAGCCGCAUCAUCUGCAACGUGCAGGGAUAUCAAUGAGUGUUUGGAGAUCCAAGACGUCUGUGGAUCCAAUGCCAACUGUUUUAACACAAGUCCAUAUUAUUCCUGCAUCUGUUCGGAUGGAUUCAUCUCAACCAAUGGAUUGGAAAAGUUUCGUCAUGGUGACGAUGUUAUGUGCAUAGACAUUGAUGAAUGUCAGGAGGAUGAGGUUUGUGGUCAAUAUGCCACAUGCAUCAACGCCCCAGGAAGUCAUCACUGUGUCUGCAAUCCUGGCUUUGGACUCAAAUCUGGGGAAUCUAAUUUCUCCGGGACUCAGGAACAGUGUGAAGACAUUUGUAUGCUCGAUAAGACAGUCUGUGGAAAUGGAACCUGCCACCGUGGAGCCAGUGGCCAUUACUGUGCAUGCCACACAGGGUUCACGAACUAUGGCAACAGUAGUUUUCGCUGCACUGCGUUAAACUGUGAUGAUUUCAAAGAUCUAAACAUUUUGACUGAGAAAUUUCACGCUGCGAAUGAUGUUGUGGUGCUGCUGAACAAAAGUUGUGUAGAGAUGACAGAGAGUGAGAAUCCAACAGUGCCUCAUAAAGAAGAUCUAUUAGGGAGACUGUUGUCUAUGAUUGACCAGCUCUUGUCCAGUGGAGCCUUGAAUGAUAACAGGAAAGUCUCCAUCUUUCUGAACCUGGUCGAGAAUGCCCUAAGGCUCAUUGGACCCUUCAUGGAGAGCCCAGGGGAAAAUAUGUCCUCCAGUCACACAGAGCUGGAGGUGCUGGUUCAUAAGGGGGCUGACUUACCCCGAGGGGCUGUGACUGUGUCAUCAAAGCAAGCUCAGUUGGACAUGCUCUUGGAGACAGCUGCAGGAGAUCGCUCUUAUUACCCUGGCUUUACAACACUUUCAUUGCUGAGCUAUGCAAACCUGGAAGACUCUGCAGAUGGAUUCUUCGGAAAGAUGAAACCACCAGAGAAACAAAAGUUUAAGAUCAACUCCAAAGUGGUGACUGUCACCGUCAGUAACAGUAACACGAGCCAUCUCAAAGAGCCCAUUAAACUCACUUUCUACCAUAUGACGCAGACCAAUAAAACGAGCCACUGUGUGUUCUGGGAUUCCUCAGAGGACGGAGGGGCGUGGUCUGCUCGUGGCUGCACUGUGGUGAAGACCAACCCGGAAUACACCGUGUGUUCCUGCACCCACAUGAGCAGCUUUGCUGUGCUCAUGGCUCUCUAUGAGAUAGAGAACAAGUUUGAAUUGCAGCUGAUCACCUGGGUGGGUCUGUCCCUUUCCUUAAUUUGCCUGUUCUUCUGCAUCCUGACAUUCUCGUUGAUUCGCGCCAUCCAAAGCCCAAGGACCACCAUCCACCUGCACCUCUGCAUCAGCCUCUUCGCUGCCGGGCUUAUCUUUCUCGCAGGCAUCGCUCGUACAGAGAACCAGGUUUGCUGUGCAGUGGUCGCAGGGCUGCUGCAUUUUUUCUACCUGGCAGCAUUUUGCUGGAUGUGUCUGGAGGGCAUCCAACUUUUCAGAAUGGUGGUUCUGGUCUUUAAUGCCAAUGUCAAAACAUUAUACAUGAUGGUGGGAGGCUAUGGAGUCCCAGCUGUAAUCGUCACUAUCUCGGCCAUAAUUAAUGCCAAGGGAUAUGGCACUGAGCGAUAUUGUUGGUUAAACCUGGAAUUCAUCUGGAGUUUCUUUGGCCCCGUCAGUUUCAUCAUCAUUGUGAAUGUCUUCUUCUUUCUCAUCACAGUCUGGAAGUUGGCACAGAAGUUUUCAAGUUUAAAUCCUGAUAUGGACAGUUUGCAGAAGAUAAAGACAUUCACUGUUACUGCAGUUGCUCAGCUGUGUUUGUUGGGCACCAUGUGGAUCUUUGGAUGCUUCCAGUUUGAUGAAGGCACUGUCGCCAUGUCUUACCUGUUCACAUUCUUUGGCAGUCUUCAGGGAGUUAUGCUCUUCGUCAUGCACUGUCUGUUUUCUAAACAGGUAAGAGGAGAAUAUGGAAACAUCCUCUCCAGGUUAUGCGUGCCUCAGAAGAAAAGCUACUCAGACUUUGGAUAUUCCAACACCAAAAAAGCAAAUCCAUCUAAGAGCACGCAGGAUACAGGAGAUUCUCACAUCUGAAGAUUUAAUGUCUCAUUUCUGCACUCUCAUUUGUGGCUAGUCCACAAGUUUGCUUUACUGCAAUAGGUUGUAUAUAGUUGUUUUUUGUUUGUUUUUUUUACCAUGAGCUGGCCUUUAUAUUCAAAGCUAUUAGACGUGUUGAUUGUUAUAUGGAGUACUGUUAAAUGAUGAGAAAGGUUUUACUAUAUCACUGAUCAUUGUGCCAUCAUAUGAAUAUCUCCAAAUGUCAACAUUUUUCAUUUGUAAAAAAUUGAUUUAGCCCCAAAAUGUCAAAAACUAUAUGUGACCUGUUUUGCAGGUUUGUUGUGUCGUCCAGGUACUUUAAUCAAUCAACAGAGACAAUCUGAUAGAGACCAUAAGUGGCAAUGACAAUAAAGACUGUCUUAUCUUAUCUUAACUUAUCUAAAGGCAAGCACUUUUAUCCACAGUAUUAAUAUUAAAGUUUUUCCAUAAAUGUA